AUUGCCAGGGACCUCCUCCAAUAGGAAAUACAGAAAUUCUGUUAGGUUCCUGGCCUGACCAGCCUUAUACAGAGGGUACUCAGGCUACCUACAAAUGCCACCCUGGCUACAGAACCCUUGGCACCAUCAAAAGGGCAUGCAGAAAUGGAGAAUGGGUGGCUCUUAAUCCAGCCAGGAUAUGUCAGAAGAAGCCCUGUGGACAUCCUGGGGAUACUCCAUUUGGUUCUUUUCAUCUUGAAGUUGGAAAUAAAUUUGAAUAUGGUGCAAAAGUUGUUUAUAAAUGUGAUGAGGGGUAUGUAGUCAAUAUUAAAAAGGUUUAUAACUCAAAUACUAAAGAGGAACUAUGGGCCUUGCAUAGGAUGCAGUCAGAAUUUAAUCCCUUGCAUUUAGAAAUUUCCUGCACAUCGCCAGAAAUUAGAAAUGGCUAUUCUGUAUCUCCUAAGAAAAUUUAUAAGGAGAAUGAAAUAUUUCAAUAUAAAUGUAAUCAAGGUUUUGAAAACAGUGAAAGAGGAAAUGCUACAUGCACUAGUUCAGGAUGGAGUCCAAUUCCUUCAUGUGAAGAAGUAACAUGUAAUCCUCCUUAUAUUCCAAAUGGUGUUUACUCACCUGAAAGGAUUAAGCACAGAACUGAAGAUGAAAUCAGAUAUGAAUGUAAAAGUGGUUUUUAUCCUGCAACCAGGGGAAAUACUGCAAAAUGUACACGUAGUGGCUGGAUACCUCCUCCAAGAUGUAGCUUGAAACCUUGUGAUUUUCCAGAGAUAAAACAUGGACGUCUAUACUAUGAAGAAAGAUAUAGACCAUACUUUCCAGUACCUAUAGGACAACGAUAUACCUAUGAAUGUGAUAACAAUUUUGUGUCUCCUUCAAAAUCAUACUGGGGUUACAUUUAUUGCACAAAAGAAGGAUGGCUGCCAGAAGUACCAUGCAUCAGACAAUGCAUUUUCAAUUAUGUGGAAUAUGGAUAUUACUCACGUGAAACAAGACAUUUACUGUAUGAGUCUGUUAAAGUUGAUUGUUAUCCUGGCUAUAGUCUUUCAAAUGGUCAAAACACAGUUACAUGUACAGAGAAUGGCUGGUCCCCUCCUCUCAAAUGCAUUCGGAUUAAUAUUUCCUGUGUGAAUCCACCCAAAGUGGAAAAUGCUAAUAUAAUAUCAAACCAGAUGCUUAAGUAUCCGUCUGGUGAGAGAGUACGUUAUGAAUGUAUCAAACCUUUUGAAAUAUUUGGCGAAGUAGAAGUGAUGUGUCUAAAUGGAACUUGGACAGAGCCACCUCAGUGCAAAGAUUCCACAGGAAAAUGUGGGCCUCCUCCACCUAUUGACAAUGGAGACCUCACUUCAUUCCCAUUACCAGUAUAUCCUACGGGCUCAUCAGUUGAAUAUCAGUGCCAAUCCUUAUAUCAACUUGAGGGUAGCAAGACAGUAAUAUGUAGAAAUGGAAAGUGGUCAAACCCACCAAAAUGUUUACUUGCAUGUGUAAUAUCAGAAGAAAUCAUGGAAAGAUACCACAUAACCUUAAGGUGGAAAGAAUGGCAAAAGCUUUAUUCUUCAUCAGGGGACACAGUUGAAUUUGUGUGUAAAUAUGGAUAUUCUCCAUCAAAGCGAAAUCAAUCAUUUCGUACAAGGUGUAUUGAUGGUCACCUGGAAUAUCCCGCUUGUAUUAAGAGAUACUCUUAAUUUCAUUAAAAUGUGCACUUAAAUUCAGAAUUUUUAUCAUUAAUCUAGCUUUCAAUUUUAUUUUAAAGUAUUGUUUAACUCAUUUUUAUUCAUAAAUUAGAAUUUGUGUUGAUACCUGCUAAUGUGUUUAGAAUCUGAGAGGCUAGAGCCCCACAUCUUAAAAGCACUGCAUUCAAAUUUGGCAAAUCAAAGUGCCACGCAUCCUAUUUAUAAAACAUCUAUGCAAGAAAUUAGAUGCAAUUACUUUGUGCUUGUCUGUAUCCAUCAUUCUCCAAACUGAAAGUUUUCUACAUAACUUUUGGGGCUCUCUGAGACUGUGUUUCACAGUGCAUAAAAAGAUAGACUCUCCAUCUUCAAAAUUAUAUAAUUCAGAAAGAUCUAAAUACCAAACAAAGUAAUGACUUAUAUUAGUCAAAAAUAUAAUCAAUUACUAAUUAUUAUUUAUCCAUAAGCAAAUGUAAAAAGAUGACAUGUGAGCUUCUAAAAUAUAUGAAUCUAGUACAUUCAACAAUGUAAACAAAUCAUAAAGAGGAAUAGAAGCUUAAUUAGAUAUAUAACUAUAAAACUAUCAUAAUUGUUACUAUGUAACUAUGGAAAAAAUGGCAGAAAAUGCAAUAAAAUCUGUAAAAACUAUAUUUGUGCUUAGAGGUAAGAGGAUUGACUUGUUUAAUUCCUUUAAAGAGACAGUCUCUAAAUUAUGGUGGUUUAAUUUGUGAUUUUUUUUUUUUUUUACUUUACAGUAGUAUGAAAGUGAUAUGUAUUCAGUAGAAAUUGUACUUUAAUCUGUUUCUAUGACUAGAAAUACAUGAUAGACAAUUUUUAUGGUAUUGGGUAACAGCAGUUUACAGCAUCCAAUUGGCCUUGUGAUCAACAAAGUAUACUACAGGGUACUGUUCUGCUAAGCUAUGAUAUAUGAUAGGUUGGUAUAUUAAAUGUAUGUUCAACUUAAAAUAAUUUUAAUUUAUCAUAAGUUAAUCAGGAUGUAACAUUCUAAAUUGAGGAGUAUCAGCAUUUAUAUUAUAUUGUACAAUUUUUAAACCUUUAAUAUACUCAGUUUUGAACUUUGAGAAUAAGUCGUUUUAAGACAAUAAUGCCUAAAAACCAAGGUGAUCUUGUGGAGAAAUAUAAACGCCUUAUUGGUAAUGAUCUCAAGGUCAAAUUAUGCUUUAAUGAGUUUUUUUGUUGCAGAAAUAUUUUUCUUCUGUUUUUAAAAUUUCAGUAACAAGAUCUUGAAGUGUAAUUUUAUAUCUUUGCAUUUCAGACAGCAGUAUUUAGUUAAAAUCACUUUGUCUAGAAACAUUUUUUGAUUUUUAAAAAGCUAUAAUCUUAGGAUGAAAAUAAAGAUAAAGAUAAAAAUGUACAAAACUUUAAGGUGAUAAAUUGUUACCUCUUAUUGCAUAAAAUCAUAAAGCUUAUAUUAAACGCU